AUGGUCAAAGAGGACAAAUCUACCUGGAAGGCUAACUACUUCACCAAGAUCGCCGAGCUCUUCGAAGAAUAUCCGAAGCUCUUCAUCGUUGGUGUUGACAAUGUUGGUUCUAAGCAAAUGCAGGAGAUCCGUAUUGCUAUGAGAGGGCAUGCCGUCAUUCUGAUGGGAAAGAACACCAUGAUCCGCAAGGCCAUCCGUGGACUUCUCGCAAAGAACCCAAAUCUCGAGAAGCUUCUUCCAUACAUCGUGCAAAACGUUGGCUUCGUUUUCACCAAGGGAGAUUUAUCGGAGAUUCGCGGACAGCUGUUGGAGAACAAGAGGGGAGCUCCUGCAAAAGCAGGAAGUCUGGCGCCAUGUGACGUGAAACUUCCUCCACAAAACACUGGAAUGGGACCUGAGAAGACUUCUUUCUUCCAAGCUCUUCAAAUUCCGACCAAGAUCGCAAGGGGAACCAUCGAGAUUCUCAACGAAGUUCACCUCAUCAAGAUUGGCGAGAAAGUCGGUGCUUCGGAGUGUGCUCUUUUGAACAUGUUGGGCAUCCAACCGUUCUCAUACGGUCUUGUUGUUCUUCAAGUGUAUGACAGUGGAACGAUGUACUCUCCAUCUGUGCUCGACCUUUCGACUGACGACUUGCGUGCUCGCUUCGUCCAAGGGGCCCGAAACAUCGCCGCCGUGUCUCUUUCGAUUGGAGUGCCAACUCUUGCCUCCGUUCCACACAGCUUGGCCACCGGACUCCAGAACAUGCUCGGAAUCGCAGCUGCUACCGACGUCACUUUCAAGGCUGCCGAGAAGCUCAAGGAAUUCUUGGCCGAUCCUAGCAAAUUCGUUGUGGCUGCUGCUCCAGUCGCCGCCGCUGCUGCUGCUCCAGCUGAGACCAAGAAGAAGGAAGAGCCUAAGGAGGAGUCGGAUGACGACAUGGGAUUCGGUCUCUUCGAU